AUGGAUAUCCGAAACCCCACUAAUAAAAAACCCUAGUUAGCAAUACUGCAUACUAAAAAUCUAAGCAAACAAUUUUCAAUGAAAUCAGAGAAAAGAAUUAAAACAACUACAUCGGAUUCUAAUAGAUCUGUAGAUACAAAAAAAAUCUUAACUGAUUUCUAUGACUCAUGUAAGCGAAGAAAAAUUACUUCCUAAUUUAUACACGAAAGAAAUAAAUCCUAAUAGCAUUAAAAUGAAUCACUCUUUUAGUCUAUUGAUAGUUGGCGUUCUUUUCGACAGCAGGCAUCUACUUCUCAUGUCUCUCCUCCAAAUAAAUUCUUUCUAUUUAACACAUGUGAAAAAGUGCUUUGUUAGAAAAGUAAUGGGUCUAAAAGAAUUUAAACCCAGUAUGCUGAAAAGCUUUUCUUAUAGCAAUUGAAUUCAAAUAACAAGCAGGAUUUAUUAUUGAAAAUUGAACAGUAUAUCCGAGAUUAUUUUACUGAUGAAUGUAGAGAGAUGGCUAAUUUAUUUGACACUUUUAUGAGGGAACUUAAUUCAUAAAUUUCGGAUUAAAAAUUCUAAUUAACAUUGCAUGAAAAGUAACUUGAAAUUCAAAAGUUAGAUGAGAUUAUCAAAAUGAAUACUAAUCACACUUGGGCGCAUCAGGACAUGGAAAGAUAAUUAAAGUAAUUAUAAUCUUAACAUUGCGAAUAAUUGAAUUUGAUUGCAAAGUAUGAAAACGAAAACAAAGACUUGUAGUUAAGGAAUAAUCAAUUGAAGUAGCAAUUAGAUAUAAAACAAAAAGAGAUAGUUUUGAAAAAUAAAAAAAUAAAAGAAUUAGGUUAUGAAGUAUUAUAAUUGUAAAGAAAAUUAGAAUAUGUUGAAAAUAAAGUCUAGAAGGAUCAUCGAUAAUCAAUUUAAUAAAUAAGGUAUUCAAUGUUUUAGAGUUAAUAAAUUGGUUCAAAUUCAAAUUUAAGCUAAACUGGCAAUAAUAAUAAUAAUUAGCCUAAUAAAUUUACUCCUCUUAUUGAGGAAUUAGUUGAGGAUUCUUCUCCUUCUUUAACCGAAUAAGAAGAUGAAGAAGAGAAAGAACUUAAUCAAAUUGAAUUUAAUACUGAAAGAAUAGUGGAAACAAGAGAGAAAGAAUCAUAGGUUGAGUACGAUAUCAUAAAAAACUAUACAAAAGAAUAAGACACUUAAACUUGCUUAAAAUUAGCAGAGAGAAAAUUUGAUGAUUUGACAUAAGAUCUUUGCGAGCAAGCUCUUAAUUUCAUAGACUUUUUAAAUGUUCAUUAAGAUAAAGUAGAAAUUGAUAUGAAUUAAGUAAAUGCUAAUUUAAGUAAUAUUAAUCUGGAAAAGGUUUCAGAUGAAGAAAUUGUGAAAUAUUUUGAUCAAUAAGCACUCUUAUAAUCUAAUUUAUAAUUAUCUACAGCUUCUUAAAAUCAUUCAUAAUUAGUUAGGCAACCUUCAGUUAGAGGAAAUAUGAAAAGGACUUCUAUGAUACUUGAUAGACCAUCAAUCUAGAGCUAAUAAUAAUUGCCGAAUUAAAUAAAGAUGAAAUCUAUGAUUACGUUUAUAAAAAUGUAAGGCAGUAAGAUGAAACAAUUAGAAACAUAGUUAAAAGAAGGAAUAUAAGAAAUCGAAGGAUUAAAAUAGGUUAAUAAUAAUUUGGAAGUACAUAAUAAAGAAAUGAAAGAAUAAAAUUCUAAAUUGCUAGAUUAAAUUACUAAUCUGCAUGUUAAAGUUAAUGAUCUAGAAAAUUAGAUUAUGUCUGAUGCAAUGGAUUUAAACUAGGUAUUGUCUUAACAGGAAAAAAGACCUCCAAAUAUUAAAUAAAACACUUUUGUUUAGAGAAAGACCAAAAAAGCAGCUCCUCAUUUAGGAUAAAAAAUUACAAUUAGUUAUGAUUUUCAGAAGAAUCAAUCAAAAUUGCUUAUUGAUAAAAUUAAAUCAAAAAGCAUGGGAAAGUUCUCAAAUUAUUUACCAUUAAAACUUGUUUUAAAAAUGAUAACUACGUUUUAUUUUGAAAAAAUCUCAAACCAAAAAGAAAAUAAAUAGUUGAGAGAUUAAGAUAUGGCAUCAUAUAUUUAUAACUAUUAUUUGUAAUAGUUUGGAUAUACGAAAGUCACAGAAUAAAGAUUCAUGAUACUUGUUUUGUCGGUUAAAAAGUAUAUUUCAAUAGUUAGAGUUAAUUUGUUUGCUAAAUUUAUGAAUCUAUUAGAAGAAAAGAGUAAUUACAGAGUAGAAGAACUCUAAAGAUAUUUGGAAGCACUAGAAUAUGUUUCAAAUAUUUAGAAUUUGGGUAUAGCAAUAAAAGACAAUGAAUAAGAGCAGAAACACUAUAUUCCAUAUGUUAGAGCUUUAGCAUAUUUGGGUCAGCUAUAAAAUUUUAAUUUUACUUAAGAGGAACUUAACUAUUUGAAAUUGGAAUUGGAAAAUCAAAAGGAAACUGACCCAAAAAAUAUGAAUAAAGCUGGAAUAAUAGAUUUUGACCUAUUAAUGAUUAGAGUGUUGACAAUUUUCAGGAACAAUGUCGAAAAAACAAAACUUUAUGUUAUUAAUGCUUUUGCAGCAUGUGAUCUCGAUGGAAAUGGGAUGUGUAACAUUGAUGAAUGGUUGCUUUUGAUUAGACACAUAGAGCCUGAGAAAUUUGAUGAGGAUAAAUUUAUUGAUAUAUUCGAAGAGUUUGCAGAUUUAGUAGAAGAGGAUGAGAAAAAUCUAUCUUUUGACAGAUUUUCAAUUUUGUGCAUGGAACAUGAGUUGUUUAGUGAUGCACAAUAGAAUAAAUUCUUAAGAGUCAAAAGUAACUAAGAAGCUGAUUAAAAAUUGGAAUAGAUUAAAUAAAAUUGGGGUUAGAUGUAUAUGGAACAAUUAAAGAGACUUAAUGAAAUAAAAAUGGAAGAGAACGAAAAGUAGAAAUGGCAAAAGAUUCUGGGGGUGCUUGAUAAAAAAUUAUCAGAUCAACAUAGUAGUAAAAAACCUUUAUUGAUUGCCUAUAAGAUAUUUUUGGAAGAAUCCAAAUGA